AUGAAGUUGACAGCCUUAUCUUGGACCAUUUUGGCAUCAGCGCCAUGGACAUCUGCUUCGAAACAGCCCAACUUCGUCUUCAUCCUCACAGACGACCAAGACUAUGAGAUGAAGUCGUUGGAUUACAUGCCUCUUCUGCAGAAAUAUCUCAUCAACGAAGGCACUUCUUACGAGCGACACUACUGCACGGUAGCGAUUUGCUGCCCAAGCCGUGUCAAUCUUUGGACCGGUCAAGCCGCACACAAUACCAAUGUCACCGAUUUGCAUCCCCCAUAUGGAGGAUAUCCCAAAUUUGUUGAACGUGGUUAUAAUGAGAACUGGCUCCCAGUCUGGCUUCAGCAGCUUGGAUACAACACAUACUAUACUGGGAAGUUGUUUAAUGCUCACACUGUCAACAAUUACGAUGACCCGCCAGUCAAUGGCUUCAAUGGCAGCGAUUUUCUCCUGGAUCCAUACACCUACGAGUACUUCAAUGCAUACAUGACUCGAAAUGGCGCAGAGCCUGUGAGUUAUAAGGGAGAAUACUCGCCAGACGUCAUCGCCAACAAGGCGUACGGCUUCCUGGACGACGCUUCGAAAGAUCCAGAUCGUCCAUUCUUCAUUGGUAUCGCUCCAAUCGCUCCGCAUUCCAAUAUGCGUUCGGUACCGACCUUGAAGAGAGACACUCCUUUCUAUGCGGAGAGGCAUGCUCAUCUUUUCAAGGAGGAGAAGAUUCCGCGGACGAAGAAUUUCAAUCCUAAAGAACCGAGUGGUGUCGGUUGGGUCAAGAAUUUGCCAGUGCUCAGUGAUACGCUGAUUGAGUAUCAUGACGAAUUUUACAGAGCGAGGUUGCGGGCUCUUCAAUCUGUUGAUGAGAUUGUCGAGGAGGUCGUGAAGAGGCUGGAAUCGAACGGCUUGCUUCAUAACACGUACAUUAUCUACACUAGCGAUAAUGGCUACCAUAUCAGCCAACAUCGGCUGCCACCAGGCAAGGAGUGCCCCUUCGAGGAAGACAUCCAUAUCCCACUCAUCGUCCGCGGUCCAGGCGUACCGGCUGGCCACACCGCACACGUAGUCAGCUCGCACACUGAUCUCACCCCUACCAUCUUGAAUCUUGCCGGCAAAGCUCGUCCAGAUCUUGAUGGAUCAGCAAUCCCUCUAACAGAGAAGGCGCUUGCAAAGCCCGAUUCUGGCGAGCACGUCAAUGUCGAGUUUUGGGGGCGAGCCAUUCCCGAAGGCAAAUAUGGCUGGAUCGGGGAUGACUUUCUCCCUGGAUUUGGACGGGUAGGCGCACGCAACAACACCUACAAGGCGCUGCGGUUGUCUGCUGCCGAUUACAGCUUUCUGUACACCGUAUGGUGUACUGGUGACAAGGAGUUCUACGACAUGAAGAGAGAUCCUGAUCAACUGCACAACUUGUUUGACGACCAGAGCAUCCACCUAGCAGAGGAUUUCACCAUCGCCGGCCGCUCGUUCAGCCAAGUCCACGACCGGAUCGAUUCUCUACUGCUGGUCCUAAAAUUGUGCAAGGGCAAGACGUGCCAUUCUCCUUGGAGCGUGCUUCACCCAGAUGAUGCAGUGCGAUCGUUGAAGGAUGCCUUGAGACCAAAGUUCGAUGAAUUUUACAAGGAGCAGCCAAAAGUCAGCUUUUCGUCGUGCCAGCUUGGCUAUCUCAAGGAUGAGGAAGGUCCUCAGCACGCAAAAGUUUGGGAGACUGUCCAACAUCCACGGCCGGGCGGGAAGCAGGUGCCUUUCCAAUAUGAGGGUCACUGGAGCUGGUGGACCUAA